AAUUGCCCCUCAGCAAUGGAGUGUGGUGCGGCUUCGCAUUAUUUGGUACCGGCGACAGAGGAGGAGUGAGAGUCGGGAGCUGCAGCCGCGGAGCCAGCAUUAGACCCGGAGCACGUCCCUCACAGCACAACACAGCACAGCACCAGCACUCACCACGACCCCGGAAGAAAGAGCACAGUUUCGUGCACGGAGGAUUGUGGUUCAGGAGUGUCAUUCUUUUGUUAUUAAGGACUGUAACCCUGCCGUGUUCCCCCCGAUACCAUCGCUGGGAAAAGGGGGGGGGGUUAUUAUUAUUAUUUAUUGCAAUUAUUGACAUUAAAAACACAGACGUUUUUGGGAGAACUCUGGUCUGGACAUUGCCUUUAUUAUCACCACUCACAUCCUGUUCACAAGUGGUGUCAGAAACGGGAUUUUACAAUGGACCCUGCAGCACUGAACACCAUGAUGGAGGCUCAGGCACGGAGGCAUGAAGAGACCUUGGCAGCGGUGAUGGAGAGGAUGAAUGCCAUGUUCCUCGCGGCCAACCAGAGGAGGGAACCGGUGGCCGAACCAGCAGUAGCGCCUCCGAAACCUAAAGUGGUGAAGAUGUCGCUGGAGGAUGAUCCCGAGGCCUAUUUAACAUCCUUUGAAAGGCAGGCGACAGCAGCCCUAUGGCCUCGGGAGUGGUGGGCUACCCAGCUGGGACCCAAUCUGAUCGGGGAAGCCCAGGCAGCCUACCACGCUUUAACCCAUGAACAAGCCAUGGAUUAUGAUGUGGUAAAGAAAGCCAUCCUUCAGCGACUGGACAUCACGGAGGAGACGCACCGCCGCCGGUUCCGGGAGUACCAACGCCCCGAAGGAGUCCGACCCCGAGUAAUGGCCCAGCAGUUGGUGGACCAGGUGACCCGGUGGCUCUGCCCUGGUGAACGCACAGCAGAGGAGGUGGCUGAGAUUGUCACCAUUGAACAAUUUAUACAGUUGCUGGGGCCAGAAGCCAGUAAUUGGGUCAGCCGGCACCGGCCCACCACGCUGGACGCCGCAGUCAGGUUGGCUGAGGGGUACGAGGACUCUAUGCCCACACCGCUGCCCACCCCGAUACAUCCCACGCCGACCUUCAUCAGACCCAGGAUGGCGGGCCCAAGGCCUGGGCCCCUUCACCCACACACACCCUUCACGUCUGGACCAGCACCCUCACGUUCCCCAACGGGUGGCCUCGCUCCACAACACUGGAGGCCGAGGUCAACCCCCAGCUGGGGUAGAACAGGGGCCCCCUCCCCGCUGUCAGGUCGGCAGCGGGACAAUCAGGCUCCGUGGGCGCCUCUCCCUCUGGAAUGUUACGGGUGCCAUGGGGUCAGCCACCUUGCCCGGAAUUGCCCCUCAGCAAUGGAGUGUGGUGCGGCUUCGCAUUAUUUGGUACCGGCGACAGGUGUCAGGGUUCGAGAGAGACCGUAUCGAAUCCCGGAGAGUCGCAGGGGUGCCGUUGGCCGGGAGAGAAGGAGGAGGAGGAGGAACAGCUGCCGGAGUGCCCAGUACCGCACCGCUGGCAGCAGUGCCACUGCCGGAGAGCCCUGCACCUCUGCCAGCAUUGCCGCUGCCAGAGUUGCCACUGCAGGAGUGUCCCGCACCCCUGCUAGCUGCAUGUCCGGAGGGGUCAGUGUUGCUGCCAGCAUUGCCGCUGCCGGAGUGCCCCACACCACUGCCAGCAUUACCGCUGCCAAUGUUGACACUGCCAGCGUGGUCACUGCCUGA